GAUUUUAGAUAAUGGGCUGUGUGCAAUGUAAGGAUAAAGAAGCAACAAAACUGACUGACGAGAGGGAUGGCAGUUUAACUCAAAGCUCAGGCUACCGCUAUGGGACAGAUCCCACUCCGCAGCACUAUCCUAGCUUUGGUGUGACUUCAAUCCCAAACUACAACAACUUCCAUGCCACAGGAGGCCAAGGACUGACUGUGUUUGGUGGAGUCAAUUCCUCCUCUCAUACAGGGACGCUGCGUACAAGAGGAGGAACAGGUGUAACUCUUUUUGUGGCGCUUUAUGACUAUGAAGCAAGAACAGAAGAUGACUUGAGUUUUCACAAAGGAGAAAAAUUUCAAAUACUUAACAGCUCGGAAGGAGACUGGUGGGAGGCCCGGUCCUUGACUACAGGCGAAACUGGUUACAUUCCCAGUAAUUAUGUGGCUCCAGUCGAUUCCAUCCAAGCAGAGGAGUGGUACUUUGGCAAACUUGGCCGAAAAGAUGCUGAGAGGCAGCUGUUGUCAUUUGGAAACCCCAGAGGUACCUUCCUGAUCCGGGAAAGCGAAACUACCAAAGGUGCCUAUUCCCUGUCUAUUCGAGACUGGGAUGAUAUGAAAGGAGAUCAUGUCAAACAUUAUAAGAUUCGUAAACUUGACAAUGGUGGAUAUUAUAUCACAACUCGGGCACAAUUUGAAACUCUUCAGCAGCUGGUUCAGCAUUAUUCAGAGAAAGCUGAUGGUUUGUGUUUUAACUUAACUGUGAUUGCUACGAAUAAUACCCCACAAACUGUUGGAUUGGCUAAAGAUGCAUGGGAAGUUGCACGUGAUUCAUUAUUUCUGGAACAGAAGCUUGGUCAGGGGUGUUUCGCUGAAGUGUGGCGUGGUACGUGGAAUGGAAAUACUAAAGUGGCUAUCAAGACUCUGAAGCCUGGCACUAUGUCUCCAGAAUCCUUCUUAGAGGAAGCCCAAAUCAUGAAGAAGCUAAAACAUGACAAAUUGGUCCAACUUUAUGCUGUGGUAUCUGAAGAACCUAUCUAUAUUGUCACGGAGUACAUGAGCAAAGGGAGUUUGCUAGAUUUCUUAAAAGAUGGAGAAGGAAGAGCUUUGAAGUUACCGAAUCUGGUGGACAUGGCAGCCCAGGUGGCUGCAGGGAUGGCGUACAUCGAGCGAAUGAAUUACAUACACAGAGAUCUGCGGUCUGCAAACAUUCUGGUGGGGAAUGGCCUAAUAUGCAAGAUUGCCGACUUUGGAUUGGCAAGACUGAUUGAAGACAACGAAUAUACAGCCAGACAAGGUGCAAAGUUUCCCAUUAAAUGGACUGCGCCAGAAGCAGCAUUGUAUGGACGGUUCACAAUAAAGUCGGAUGUGUGGUCUUUUGGGAUCCUACUGACAGAGCUGGUAACAAAAGGGAGAGUGCCAUACCCAGGCAUGAAUAACCGUGAAGUCUUGGAGCAAGUAGAACGUGGUUAUCGGAUGCCAUGUCCUCAGGACUGUCCCAUCUCCUUGCACGAGCUUAUGAUCCACUGCUGGAAAAAAGACCCAGAGGAGCGUCCAACUUUCGAAUAUUUGCAGGGUUUCCUUGAAGACUACUUCACUGCAACAGAACCCCAGUACCAGCCUGGCGACAACCUGUAAAUCCCUGGUCUCCAGACAGUGUCAUGAAUUGCCAGGUGUUUCUCAGCCCUGCCCCGCCUGUCCUUCGGCUUCCAACUCUGUGAUCGGCUUCUCCAGAGUGCAGCAUCUUCCAGCACCGCCGUGCGCAGGAGGGGCUGAAGCUGGGAACUUCCGCAGCCCUUUCCUACAACCACUUGUCCUAAUAAUCUGAAUGUCCUGGAUGAAAAGGAGAAAAACACUUGUUUUUUUCUUAAUCAAAGACUCCAAAACUGCAUUGUAUUGAUGUUAUGUAAACUGCAAAACCUCUGUUCAUUGUAAAUAGUAACUCAGUGCCAAUAACUGAUCCUAGUGCUUUCCUUUUUUUAAAACGCAAAACCUAUGUGAUUUUAACUAGUCUUCUCCUGAUUCAACUAAAAGUAUUAUUUUCCAGAAGUGGCCUCUUUGUCUAAAACAU